CAAAUCCCACUUUUCAUCCCAUUGAAGCCUCAAAAGGCCAAAACAAACACACACUGUUUUCUCCAAAUCAAACAAAACCAAAGCUAGAAACAGCAGCAGCAUCCAGCAACGUUGUAGCAUCACAAAACCAAGAUUGAAGAAGAACAACCAAACCACAAUUGCAAAACACAGAUUCAUAGAUUCAUAGACAGAAGAGAAGAGCCACACACACACACAAACACCAGUACCUAAUUUUCUGUUAUGUUAAUUCGUCAGCACCUCAAAUCUGAGCUUCAAAUCGGAAAAGAUAACAUUCAACUCUCUUCCGAUUCAAUUUCCACUCCACUUUCCUCAUCUCCAAUCCAAAACCAAAACCAAAACCAAACCCAUUUCUCGCCACCCUUUUCUUCCUCUUCACACCACCCACCACCACCAUCAUCAAAUUCAAACCCAUCUUCAUCAUCAUCAUCAUCACCAUCUCGAACUCCUCUACUCUCUUCACCGCACAAGAGAACCUACCAUCAUCACCGUUCUCCAUUAUUUACGAUACCCUUUUGCUCAAAGUUUCUAACUUUGAAGCUUCUCACCGUUUUCCGUUUCCUCAUCUUCCUCCCUCUUCCUACCCUCUACUUUCUAAUUUCAAACCCUAGCCUUUUGGAUUUCAUCUUCGUGCUCUCUUUCUCUGGAGCGCUUUUGAUUUCUCUCAAUUUGGCACUCCCUCGUUUACCCUCGAUUCGUCUCUUCCUCGCUCGAUCGUUGCCAGUGAAGCUCUCUUCAUCUUUUGCCUCUGCAAAUUCUUCUCAGCCUGUGCUUUGGUCUAUUGGGUCGAAGUCAGAGGAAGUGAAAGGGUUGAAUUCGGGGUCUUGGGUGCAGGUUUAUGGCAAUGGGGAUGUGUAUGAGGGUGAGUUUCAUAAGGGGAAGAGUUCUGGGAGUGGGGUGUAUCACUAUCAUAUGAGUGGGAGGUAUGAGGGUGAUUGGGUUGAUGGAGAGUAUGAUGGGUAUGGUGUUGAGACAUGGGCGAGAGGGAGCCGGUAUCGCGGGCAGUAUAGGCAGGGUUUGAGGCAUGGAAUUGGAAUCUAUAGGUUUUAUGGUGGUGAUGUUUAUGCUGGUGAGUGGUAUAAUGGCCAGUGUCAUGGGUUUGGAAUUCACACUUGCAGUGAUGGGAGCCGAUAUGCUGGGGAGUUUAAAUGGGGUGUCAAGCAUGGAAUAGGCCAGUACCAUUUCAGAAAUGGGGACAUAUACGCUGGGGAAUAUUUUGCAGACAAGAUGCAUGGUUUUGGAGUGUAUCAAUUCCAGAAUGGUCAUCGAUAUGAGGGGGCAUGGCACGAAGGAAGAAGACAAGGACUGGGAAUGUACACAUUCAGAAAUGGGGAAACACAAUGUGGUCACUGGCAGAAUGGGAUUCUUGAUGAUCCUAAAAGGCAAAACAGUAACACCGGGUCUCCAUGUGCAGUGGACCAUGCCAAAGUUUUAAAAGCGGUCCAGGAUGCACAUUGUGCUGCUGGCAAGGCUUACAAUUUGGAAAAGGCGGAUGAAAGGGUGAAUAAAGUAGUGGCCGCAGCUAAUAAAGCAGCAACCGCAGCUAGAGUCGCAGCUGUAAAGGCUGUGCAAAACAGGAUCCACCAUAACAAUAAAUGGUUCCAAUCAUAUCCUUAGUCUUGUGAUGGUAGAAAAGCAUUUCAUCUCUGUGUCAUCCUUCAUCACACGUUGCACGGAGAAUAUUAUUAUACAUGACAAAGCAAAGAGAAGGUGCAAAAAGAAUGAGAUCUCUGAAUUUUGAUUGCUAAUUAAGUUAUGGUACAUUUCCUCUUCUCCCCUCUUAUUACAGCUCGGAGGUUCCUGUCUGGAACCACUUUCUGUCAUUGAACUUGAUUGCAGAUUGUGGAGCAAAUAGGUUCCUCACGUUUAGUGGCUGCUUUUUAUUUUAUGUGUAUAGGAAGAGUUAGAACAAUAGAGCAAAGUUACAAUGUGUAAGGCAAAAGUGCCAAAAGAUGGUUCAAGUUACAUAAGGAUUUACAUCUUGGCUUCUGAUUA